AUGGCAGAUUUCCCUGGGGUUAGGGAAUCAAUUGGACAAGACGCGUGGGAUGAGAUCAAGCAAUUACCUCUUGGAAUAGUUGCUAAACUAGUUGAAAGCAAAUUCGUUUGGUCUGCUAAGACUGUACACUAUCUAUUGUGUAAUCAGUUGAGAAUUAAACACAAAGAGCUUUGGUGUUUAGUUGGUGGCCAGCCUAUAAGGUUUGGUUUGAAUGAAUUCGCUCACCUCACGGGGUUAAACAUAGAUCCAACUCCAUCAGAGAAGUUUGAACCUUCAGUUGACUUCAAACAGUUCUUAACAGAAGAAUUGAAAGUUCACGGUGGGGAAGGUCCAACAUAUGAUGAGCUACUUAAAGGAUUAUUAGUGUGCCGGUCAUGGUCUGUUGAGAAGCGCAAGUGGUUGGGGCUAUUGAUUUUCCUAGCCAUUGGAGUCUACUGCGUGCAUCAUAACUCACGUAUACCAUUUGAAGCUGCAAAAAUAGUUUCUGAUGAUAAAGCCGUGAAGGCUUAUCCAUGGGGUCGGGUCGCAUUUGAGACUAUGGUUGAUAAUGUGAAGUGCUUGAAUCCUAGAGGUAGUUCCUACACCCUUGGUGGGCCGGUUUACGUGUUACAAGCUUGGGCAUAUGACUCUAUCAAAUGCUUAGGAGAGCGAUUCGGGAAUUUAGUCGAGAAUGAAGAGAUCCCGUUGUUUCGAUGGCCUGGGACCCGUACACGUUCAGCAUUAGAUGUGGCCAUUGCUGAAGAUAUCAAAAAGUAUAGUGAGCUGCGUGUGAGUUCAAUGGUGAUGAAGGGUGAUGUAAGUGAGCUUUUUCAUACGUGGCCAAAUCAGACAGAAGAAGACCCAGAACUUGUCAACUUGGUCAAUGACAUACAUGAAGAAAAGCUUGUUAAAGGUUUUUGGGAUGUGAAAGUGAUUGAGGACAAGAAGAAGAGUGGAAAAGUUAGAGCAGCGGUUGAGUCUGAAUCUCCCGCUGCUAAGAAGCAGAAAGUUGAAAAGGGUGGUGAUUCUGGUGCAGAAGAUGCACAGAAGAAGAAGAAGAAGAAGAAGAUAAACGAGGAGGUAAAGCCUCAUGAACAGAAGACUAAGAAGAAGAAGAGUGAGGAGGUAAAGGCUGAUAGUGAAGAGGACGAUGCUGGUGGAAAGGCGUCACUUAAAUUACUCGUGGGUAUGGUUUCAGAAAUGAAAUCAACUAUUGAGACCAUGAAAUCAAAGGUUGAGACCUUUGAUGAUAAGUUUACACGUGUUGAUGAAGAAUUCGUCAAGAUGAAAGGCCUAAUUUCCUUCGUUGCCAGAAGUGGAGGCCUAGCUAGUCUCAUGAGUGGAGGCAAAAACAUUCAGAAUGACGACACAUUACCACUCAAGAGCAUCUCCAAUAUAAGAAUCAGAGAUGCUUUUGGGAAAAAAAAAGAACAGACUCCUGUAAUUCAGAAGAAACCGUCAAGCCAAGACUACUCUGUUACUAGUCCCCCGCCAAAGAAGAGAGGUAGAAAGCCUAGAGCUGUUCAGCAGCUGAAACCAAGUGUCCCUUCUGAUCUGGUGGAAGAACUUGCUGAAGAUGUUGUAAAGAUUCCUCUUGUCAAAUUCAAACUCGCAAAGGUUGAGGUUGAGGACAAGAAAGGGGACAAGAAAGGGGACAGAAAAGGGGACAACAAGGGGGUUAAGAAAGGGGACAACAAAGUUUCUGACAGUGAAAUAGAGGAUAUCACUGACAAUAAUCCUUUCCAGAACUUCAACGUAUUACCUGAAUCUGAUGUUGAUGAAGAAGAAAGGAUUAGGAAUGAAAGGAUUAAAGACUUAAGGUUAGCAAAUGUGAAGUUUGCUAAAGAUGGGAGUGCAUUAGAGCCACAGACAAAACCUCAUGUUUUCCCUAUUAUUGGAGAGAACGGGCUGACAUGUAUGAGGAAGAACUGUGUACCUUCUCUUGCAAUAUAUGAUCCUUUCGCCCCUGUUGAUCCGGCCAGAUUGGAGAGAUUAUUGGAACACUUAAGUCCACACAAGUAA